AUGCUGCCUUCGCCCGGUUUAUUCGGGCGGUGUAGGAAACGGAGGAAGCUCGCAGCUCGCAGCCCCAUCCGUGGCCCGUGUGGCGCCUUGAAGGAGGCUCAAGAGCUCACCGUGCGCCUGUCCCGCCUUGCGCGGAAGAACGACUGGCGUCGUGCAGCUGACGCUGUGACCCAAGCCAGUGGCCUGAGUGAUGCACGCGGGGAGACGGCCAAGAUGACAGCAUUGGCAGCUGCCGGAAGGUGGUUUGCUGCCUGGCAUCAUUUGCAGAGACUUUUUCUGGUGCCGACCCUCCGAGUGGACGUGGUGAUGUUGAAUGUGGUCCUGUCCGCCGGAGCCACGUCAAGCCCUUGGCAGAUGAAGCGUCAAGCCCUGCAGACUCUCCGGGAGAAGGGCGUUGACCCUGACGCUCGCUCGGUCUUGCGCUUGAUGGGAGGCCCUUGGCUUCAAGCACGGAGCCUGUUACGGCAGUUGGGCCAGCAGGUGGAAAUGAAUCUCAUCGUGAUGAACGCGGCUCUGGCAGCAGGAGCUCAGGAGCUGAAGGACCUUCAAUCCUGGCGUCUGGAGCGAUUGGAACCAGAUGUGAUCUCCUUCAACACGUGUGCGGAUUUGGCUAUCAAAGCAGGACGUUGGCCAGAGGCUCAGCAGAUGUUGCAGGACUUGAAGGACGAAGACCUCCAGCCGAACGUGGUAUCGAUGAAUCUGAAGUUGGCAGCAUCUAGCUGGCCGAAAGCUCUUCAUUUGCAAGGCACAUCGGGUGUGCAGCUCGACUUGGUGUCCUUCUCCAGUACGCUGGCAGCUUGCGAGCGCAAGAGUCAUUGGAUAGCAGCGGUGGAAGUGCUGGAAGUGAAGAGACAGCGGAGCACCCUCGCCGACGCCGUGUGCUUCAACUCCGCCGUGAGCGCUUGCUGCAAGGGCGAGACGUGCCGUUGGAGUCAUGGUCUUCAAAUCUUCGCAGAGCACAUCUAUGGGCAAUCUGAUGAAGAGAUCGCAGGGACUGCACUUCUAGCGGCCUGCCAACGCCAAGAGGAGUGGCCCUGGUGCUUGCAACUGCUGGAGUUCCUCGAGCGGAAGCGCGGCAGGGCAGACCGUGCGGCCUACACUGCUACACUCUUGGCAUGCGCCAAGGCCUUGCAGAUGGCCACGUCGACGUGGCUCCUGGACGCUGUCGAGUCGGAGCCCAACAUGGUGGUGGUGAACGUCCAAGUGCAGCUCCACCAGGCCACCGGUCGUUGGACCGCUGCGCUGGAGCUCUUCGCCUCGUUGUCGCCGCGGCGCCUGGCACCGGACGCCGCGACACUCCUGGCGACCCUGGCCGCCACGGCGCGCGGUGGCGCCGGACGCGCGUGGCGCCGGGCGGCGGAGCUGUUGCGAGGAGCCCGCAGCAGAGGGUUGAAGCCAGAUGUGGCGGUUUGCUCCGCCUUCCUUGCUGCGUCAGAGACGAAUUGUGCGUGGAGCUGUGUGCUCUCAGAAGCCCUCCAUGAAGCUCAACGGACACCUGAUCAAACUGGAUCUGAGGACUACAAACAGAUCUACACCCAGGCACUGGAGCGCAUUGUGGCCAUCGACCAGGAUCCACAACACUUCAUCCAUGACAAGCCAGGUCCAAGUCAGGUACCCAUUGCCAGCCCUCAGCCAGAGUGGCCAACCCGCGCAACCUUUGCUGGGCGGACCAAGACGGGGUCUGUGUGGGAAGAGCGCAGGGCUACGUUCUACAAGUCCAUCCCAGCAAGCCAUUGGAAGGAUGGCGAGAAGCGCAAGCUUUGGCGCCUAUGCACUGCUGAAUCCAAGUUCAUCCAGCAGGAAGUCCAAUCAGCUGAUCCUCAGAUUCAGCCAGUCGUGAACCGGGAAGGGGACGCGGGUGGGCUGUCUGUGGGAAAGCAGCCUGCACUGCUGCGGGAGAAGCUAGGGGACUUGAAAAAGAAGAAGGCGGAAACGCAAAAGGCAAUUAGGGAGGUUGCCAAACAGGAGAAAGUGGCCUUGAAGCACCGUAGUAGCAAGGCCUUCUAUUUGAAGCUUCUGAAAGAACGGUAG